CCAACCUAAACCUCCCCUGUCUCACUUUAAAUCCAUCCCCCCUUAAAAAAUAGGGAAUUCUUUCCCAUUCUCUACUGCUGAUAGUGUUGUUUGUGGGAAUCCGAAGGGCUGGGAGUAAAACUGCUGUGGGUGCUUUUAUAAAGAAACAUCAAUAAUUGAAAGAAUUGUUCAUUCCAUUUCUUUCACAUCUGCUUCUUGCUCCUGAUUCAUACCUGUGGAUCCUGAAAGGUAAUCACAACUUCACCAAUGUGUCUGUGGGAGGGAGCAGGUCGGGUUUUACAUCCUCCUUCCAGAGAAGGAAAGGAGAUUUUCUGACAGCUGUGUUGUAAAUGCAAUUUGGGGGCUCUGGGACUGGGAUGUAACAGAGAGCAGUCACUCAAAUUGCUCAGAUGACUUUGACACGACGUGCUGCUUUGAAAGGGCUCAGGUAGCCAAGAACUGCCACCACAGACACUGUCAUUCAAAGGGAAGUUCAUGCCUGUAAGCUGUGCUAUCUGGGAUUCAUUGCUGUGAAGGAUCUCCUUCUGCAGGUGCGUCUGAGGGAGAUCUGAGCACAGAAGAGCUGUGGAGUCGCUUGGUUUGUAGCAGGGAUGGACUGCCUGGCACUUCUUUGCCAUGCCUUCUGUGGGUCUCUUACGACCCCGUUGGUAAAGGUGUUUUGAGUUCUUCCUCCUGUUAUAUCAGCCCCCAGAGGAUCUGUGUGUAACUUUCUUCCCACAAACCAUCAGAACACCCUCAGAGGCCACAAGCAGGGCCAUGCUGCAGCUAUCAGGACCAAAAACAGAAGAAAACCAAUGUAAAAAGUUGUUUUCUCAGUUUUUUUUCCCCUCUGCUGGUGGCAGAGUUGAAAUCUGCAGAGCCUUUCUUUGGCAGUGGAGCUUUAGUGCCAGAGUGGCUGCGGUGCAACACAGCUCCCUCUCGCACAGCUCUUGGAAGAUUGAUGACAAACCGGUGAAGAUUGACAAAUGGGACGGCUCAGCUGUGAAAAAUUCUCUGGAUGACUCUGCCAAAAAGGUCCUCCUGGAGAAGUACAAAUAUGUGGAAAACUUCCGCCUGAUCGACGGGCGCCUCAUCAUCUGCACCAUCUCGUGUCUCUUCGCCAUCGUCGCUUUGAUCUGGGAUUACCUGCACCCCUUCCCUGAAUCCAAACCUGUCCUCGCCUUCUGUGUCGUCUCGUAUUUUGUGAUGAUGGGAAUCCUGACCAUCUAUACCUCCUACAAAGAGAAGAGCAUCUUCCUGGUGGCUCACAGGAAGGACCCGGCUGGGAUGGACCCUGAUGACGUGUGGCAGCUCUCCUCCAGCCUCAAACGGUUUGAUGACAAAUACACCCUGAAGCUGACCUUCAUCAGUGGGAAAACCAAACAGCAGAGAGAAGCUGAGUUCACCAGGUCCAUCGCCAAGUUCUUCGAUGCCAACGGGAUGCUGGUGAUGGAGGCCUACGAGCCCGAGGUCUCCAAGCUGCACGACAGCCUGGCGCUGGAGAGGAAAAUCAAGUGAGCCGACCUCCGUGGAGCUCAACGCAAAUAAAGGAAAGCAGUGCGAGAAAGCGAAUCGCUUCUAA